GAAGUGCUGAAGGUUAUUGUCCUUGGAAAGUUGCUCAGUCAGGCAGCACAAUGGGUUGCAGUAAUUGUUUACAGCUCGCUACCGUUCUCAGUCUCGCCCUGUGUUCUUUAGUCUGGGCAGAUAAUGAAAUGAAAUUUACUAUUACCAUUAGUCCUGGAGAAGAAUUGCCAAAUAAAACAAUCUACGUGAUCAAACACAAAAAUGUUACAUUUAGUUGCUCGAGCACGUUUCAACAGAAGCAGAACAUAUCCUGGAUCUUUGUUCGUCCAGAUUCAAACCAGGAAGUUUUUACAAAUGUUGAGGGAGCACAUACGGAAUUUACACUUUUUGAUAUAGGUUAUGACAACCAGGGGAAUUAUACCUGCUCAAAAAACCUCAGUGAUACCAAAGAAGUCCUUGUCUACUAUCCACCAAAGGGACUUCCAGUGUGUCAUGCAUCAAUUUCAGAAGAUAACGUUCAGCUGUUUUGUUCUUGGACUGAAGGAUAUCCCUAUCCGACACUUGUUUGGUCAAAUGAAAAUCAGAAACUCGGACCGGAUGGGCUAGCUGGGUCAAAUGAUACCACAGUACUAGAAAUAAAAGGUUCAAAUCUACGUGAUGGUCAAUUGUUUAAGUGUGUGGGUUAUCACAUUGCAUACGAACAAAGGAUGGAAAAGUCAUGCUCAUUGACAUUGAAGGCUCCACUUCCAGAGUCACAACCUCUUGUAACUGGAUAUGUAGGGAAGAAUACAACACUGACCUGUCACAGUAAGGAAGGAAAUCCACCCCCCAAAUUGACUUGGUGGAGAAAUGAUGAGGUGGAAAUUCUCUCAAACAGUAAAUACAUAAUCUCAGAAGAAGGUGUUGUUUCAAGCUUAACAAUAUUGAUGUCCUCAAAAGAGGAGGAUGAAGGAAGAUACAUUUGCAAGAGUGAGAAUCCUCUGGGGAUUAAAGAGGUCGAAAUAUGGGUCUCAUUUAACACUAAAGUCAUUUCUGGAUUAGUUGGGGGAAUCACUAUUUUUGUACUCCUAAGUGCUGCAACAAUCUUUGGAGUUUUACUGUAUAAAAACUGGAACAAGUUAAUUACCAGAAGACAUUUUUGGCAAACUGGUUCUACUGUUUUUACCCUUGUGGACUCUGAGGAAGAGAAUGAUUUUGUGGAGGAGGGCUCAUCAGGAAUAACCUCUGUUAUUAAUCAUCAGACUGCUCAGACAAUGAAUGGCCAUGCUUCUGUGGAAGUUGCUUCUGAUGAUCCACAAACACAUACUAAAGAUCAGCUCCCAAAUAAGGAAAGAAAUGUAUCAGAUGUCUAAAGGAACAGAAGAAAUGUGAUUGCUUCUGUGCAAUAUUUUGAACCUUAAUGAGAAGUCUUCUGUGAAAGUGCUUGCAAACGAGCUCUGGUUGAACUAAUGUACUAAUUUUGACACAUUUUAUACUCAUGUUGCUGUAAAGUUUAGCCUGUUCUGGCAUAUGGGAACAAAUGACAAAUCAGCAUUCUGUAUUGCUUUUUAAACCCAGUACAUAGGUUGAAAAUGUACUAUACUUUUUACUCAGGAUGUAGCUAUGAAAGGUCCGUUUCAAGUAUUAGCUGUUUGUUUUUGUAUCUAACCUGUUGGUUUGUACCCAAUUUAAUUUGAGUUUAUGUGAAUGUGCUCUGUAUCUUAAUACUUUGUUCUCUAGUUAGUGUUUUACAUUCACACUGAAAAUUGUUAUUCACAAACAUUGCAAACAUAAUUUUAAACAUUUUUUUGUAAGAGCAACUCAUUUUUUUUGGGAAGUGAAUACUUGUUAAAUUGAUACUGUGCAUUUUAGUUUUGUUCAGAGAUUGGCUUGUUUAUGCAAAUAGCAAUCCAAUUGUAUCAGUACAUGAGAAUCAACUAAUAAAUAAUGUAUUUAGUUUUUAUUUGCUACUUGUAUAGUAUAGUCAGUAUGUCUCUCUUUAAUUAAACAAUUUGUAUUUAGUGUUUUAGAUUCUUGCAAAAUAAAGAUUUGUUUCAACAACAAUUUAGAUUUUAACAGCACUCCACGGAAAACAUCAACAAUUUACAUUUAAAUGACAAAUUUAGCCAAUAAAAAAUUGCAAGGACUUUCAGAGGUGUCGUCAGAACAAAAUUUGAUAUUAAACCAGUCAGUAUGUGGAGGGGGUCACAUGACUUUGGGCAAAGAGGACAUUUUAUUGCAAGCCUUAAAGUAAUGAGAGAAGUGAUAAGAUCGAGAUCAAGGAAAGAAGAUCCAGAGUACAGGACCUGAGGAUGUAGCUGCUAAUAGUGGGAUAAAGUGAGUGGAAAUAUACAAGCAAUCAGACCAGAUUAAGGAAAGAUUAGUCUGGGUUGGAUUAUAAAACAGGAGGAAGUUCAACAGAAAGUAAGGUCAUAAAUUCUGAACUUCAUGUUUUAAUCACUUUUAUUUGAAGCAUUGGGAAGAAUUGGAUUUUGAAAGAGAGUAGUAUCGCAGGUGCUUACAAACUGCGUCGGAUGAAAGAUAAUUUUCAUUAAAUCUCCAUUCUGUAUACAGCUGCAAAUAUGCCCCCACUACCAUUUAGUAAAGUAGAAUUUCAAGGACUGGUGAACAGCUGAGCAAGUUUACCCAUUGCAAAACACAAGUAAAAAAAAUGGAGGUCUUCAAUACACACAUUCAUUUUGCCUUGAGUGGCAAUAGAUCCUAGUUGCGAAACCAAGGAUUGGGUCAUGGUUCUCCCUAAUGCAUUCAAGGCUGAUGAUAGUAUGUUUUAAGGACAGGAUCAAGUUCAGUUGGAUAUCCAGUUGAAAAACCUGUUGAUAAUAAGGCUCACCAUGAAUAAUCAAUGUUUUGUAAGUUGUCAAAGCAAGUUCGUCAUUAGCAUGGCUGUACCUAAUAAAUAGUGACUUUGAAAAGCAGGAGAAGCAAUGUUGUCAUUACAACGAGGGAAGGAAGAAAGGCAAAAGCAAAUAUUAACAGAACCUGCAAGUAUAUUGUGAGAAAAAUACAUAAAUGCAAGACGAAAGAUAAUAAAGUACAAAUGUUGCAAUUUUGUUUUACAUUUUUUAAUUACUCAAUGUUUAAGAGAUUAUAGUCUCAUAUCCUAGCCAUGGAAAAACAUAUGAAUUGGUUUCAGUUAAAUGAUUUGUCCUGCAAUCAUUAGGUAUUGCGUAAUGCAUAAUAAGAUGAGCCAUGGAUGAUCAAGUCUCAAAUGGAUCAUUGAAUUGCAUUUUUUUGAAUAUGUGUAAGUAGUAUCUUAAUUUUGGGGCCCGUUUGAUAAUGUCCCUUCCACUUGGUCAGGAGACCUGAGUUCAAGUGUCACCUGCUCGAGACGUGUCAUAACAUCUCUAAAUAAAUUGUUUUAAAUACCAAUAUCUCAAAUGAAAUGGGCUUUGUUAGAUAUUCCACUUUUCCUGUAGCAUGAAUUAUUUGUCAACAGGCAUCCUGAAGUUAAAUUAUCGAUGUGAUAAGCCAUUUCAACAUUCACAGCACAACAAUAAACCAAUAUUCAAUAAA